AAGUCGGUCAAAUUUAAUUUUAUUUCUAUUUUUAAAAAUAUUUUGCACUUAAAAACUUUCCUCUGGAUUACAAAGAAAUUAAUUCGCUAUAUAUGUAGUAAUUUUUCACCCCUCCGAAUAAGUUCCAUCUGCAAUACACUUGCACUAAAUUCUUUAAGCAUACUUGUCGUCUCGCUGGCAAUUAGCAACUAGAAAAUGGAAGGAGGCAGGGACCCUUUCUUUGGUUUUGGUAACCCUUUUGGUAGUUUCGGUGGUUUUGGAGGUCAAAGAAGCCUAAUGUCAAGCUUUUUCGGCGGGAAAGACCCAUUUGAUGAUCCCUUCUUCACGCGCCCAUUUGGCAACAUGUUUGAGUCAAACUUAUUUGGUUCCAUUGGCAGUCCAUUUAUGGAUCAGCAUGCUCCUGGAUUUCUUGAACAUCAGCCACCACAACCCAAUAGAUCAAAUGGACCAAUUAUUGAAGAGUUGAACUCUGAUGAUGAAAAUGAAGGAAGCGAAAGUGGAAAGAACGUGAAUAAUAAUCCAAGAAAGCAUGAGAGGUCUAGCAACGAGCCUUUCAUUGAGGAUCCAGACGAUGAAGCUUCUGAGAAAAAAAGUAAGCAAAUGGCUCCCAGAAAUGAUUUUUACCAGAUACAAAAUGUAAGGCCGCGGCCCCAAAAUAGCAGCUUUACUUUCCAGAGCUCCUCUGUUACUUACGGUGGUGCAAAUGGUGCUUAUUACUCUUCAUCUAGAGCAAGGAGGACGGGUAGUGAUGGAUUAACAAUGGAAGAACGUAAAGAAGCUAAUUCAUCUACAGGUCGAGCAGCUCACACUCUGUCGAGGGGGAUUCAUGAGAAGGGUCAUUCUGUGACAAGAAAUCUGAACUCAGAUGGUAGGGUGGACACAAUGCAAACCCUACAUAAUCUUAAUGAAGAUGAACUUGUCGGUUUUGAAGAAGUCUGGAAAGGAAAAGCUAGACAACAUCCUGGCUGGAGCGAAGGAUUCAAUAUGCAAGGUGUUACGGGAUCUGGAAGCAGUGGUCAGCAUGGGCCAAACAGGGGAGGUUGGGCGCUUCCUUCAACUCAAAGCUCAAACAACACAGGCAGCACAAAUCCAAGCAUGAGACAUGGGGUGGGUCCUCCUCGUUCACAACAAUCAGGAAGGAUUGGUUCAUCACGGGGUAGAACAAGAGUUCCUGGUGCCAAUGGUGUAGAUCCAACUAUGAGGCGUUAGGAUACUCAAGAUGAUGCUUUUCUUUGAAGUUCUUGAAAUGUGAUGCAUGCGUGUUGAUCUCUCGAGUCCCCCUUUUCUGCGCACAUUAUAGUUUUCUUUGCAUUUGACGCUGCAUGAUAUAUUUCAGGGAAGUAGCCUUGCACGUUUUGUAGUUCUUGAUUUGUGCCAUUGACAUUGCAUAUGUACUACUGGUGACUUUUUUGCAUUACAUCUAUGGAUGCCCCAAUUUACAGUGUCCUCAGGAUCCUUAAAAGAAUUUUAUUAUGGUGUUAUUUUUUCA